AUGGCCAACAUUUUGCUAAACGUUGCGCAUCACGGCCCAGGACCCGUCGCUCUUGCAUUUUCACCAGAUGGAAAGUUGCUCUACACUGGCGGUGGCGACUGUGUCGCGCGUGUUUGGAAUAUGGAAGAGGAAAAGGACCCAGAAAUUGCUGCGUCAAAUGAAUCUGACGAGGCCCUGUCGAGCGUAGCUGCCACCGACACGAUGUGGAUCACGGCCAGCCAGGACAGCUCCGUUCGCAAGUAUAGCGUGGCUACAAAUCGGUUUCAGGAUCUAAUCAUGUCGGGGAAUGCGGUUGCGCGGCGCUGCGUCGCCCUGGAUCCCAACAAGCCGCGCAUCGCGGUCGCUUCAGACGAUUUGGAUGUCAAAAUUAUCGAUCUCGAUGACAUUACAAAGGUUCAAACGUUGACUGGGCAUAAGAAUGGCGUCCGCAAAGCAACAUGGCAUCCCUCGUCCUCGUUUCUUACAACCUGUGGCCAAGAUGGCAGAAUCCUCGUAUGGGAUACAUCGGGAGACAAUGCCAUCCUCGUGAAAACGAUCGACGGGCUGGUCCCAUACGCAGAUCCAGAAGCUUCAAGCUUCUCCAAUGACUGUUCUGCCGUCUGGCAUCCCAGUGGCAAAGUCUUCUUCGUCGCCACAAGAACACACGAAAUUGUUGCCGUGUCCCGUGAUACAUGGGCAAAAAGUGGCACUCUUCCGUCUUCGGAUGAAAUAUCGUCCGAAAUCACUGCAUUGGCCAUUUCUCCAAAUGGAUUGUAUCUCGCAUCUGCAAGCAAAGAUGGCGUACUCAUCUGGUCUACUCAGAUCCGUCGGGUCAUGUUCCGUCAUCAAAUCGACAGUCAAACACACAUCAAUCAACUGCUGUUUUCUCCCACACAAAAUAUACUCGUAUGGGGAGAUACCCAGGGCAACUUAUAUCGCUGGGUUAACCCUAUCCCCGAUGGCCAGCCCGCGCCUUUUGUCGAGCGAACAGCAAAGCAAGUGCGGAGAGAAAAGACACCAAUGUUUGGAGAUAUGGAGGAAGAUUUCGGGGAAGAUCUUGAAGAGGAUUGGAUCAUUGACGACAUGGCUGGUGCUGGCGGAGUAACGACCGAGACAAGCAGAGACAAGGAGAAGAGCUAUGCUCGGGAAAUUGUAUCCGUUACAAAGGCGCAGCUCGCUUUCCAACCUGGUGCAACUCCCUUGAGAGAUCGGAAAGGCUAUCUAGCUUACAACAGCAUUGGUGUCAUAGAAGUGACAGAUCAGGAUGCUCAUCAGAUCAUCAACGUUGAAUUUCACGACCGCUCGACCUACAACUCUCACCAUUUCACUGACCACUCACAUUUUACUCUGGCUUCUCUAGGGACGCGCGGCAUUGCGUACGCUCGUCCCUCGGAAAAAUCCGAGCCCUCCCAGCUCAUGUAUCAGCCCUAUUCCACUUGGGGAAGUGCUGGGGAGUGGAAGAUUGAACUCCCUCACGGUGAAGACAUAAUUGCUAUUGCGGCUGGGGGUAUUCCCGGUCGAUACUCGUACAAGCAACGUGGAUCAGAGGAGCAAACGGAAGAUGAUGGCGCAGGUCACGUCGUCGCCGCCACUAGUCGCGGAUACCUGCGCUUCUUCAAAGGAAGCGGUAUCCAGACUUACAUAUGGGCAAUGGGUGGAGAUCUUGUGUCUCUUGUUGCUGGAGACGAAUGGGUGUUUGUCGUGCAUCGCGAGGGAGGGACAAGCUUGGAUGGGUGCCAAAAUCUUCGUUAUUCUAUCAUUUCGCUCGACCGGUUCGAGGCCGUGCAAGACGGUCAACUACCGCUACCAAAGGGAAAGACCCUCAAAUGGAUCGGGAUCUCCCAAGAAGGGGCGCCUGCUAUCUAUGAUUCCACUGGUGUGCUCUUCGUUCUUGAUCGUUUCCGUCGUCCAAGGCAAGGCCGCUGGGUUCCUUUGCUUGAUACAAACACGCUAGCAAGACGUGUUGGCAAAGAGGAGACAUAUUGGCCUAUCGGCCUUUCAGGAACGACGUUCAUGUGUCUCAUUUUGAAGGGUCGUGCCGAGUAUCCUGGCUUCCCAAGACCCUUGGUACAGGAGAUUGAGCUACAGAUACCACUGCUAUCCACAGAACAACCCCAGACCGUCACCUCAGAAGAAAAAUUGGUGCGAGAAGGAAUAUUACUCGGGUGGAUGCGAGACACUCUGGGUCGCGAGCUGGCCUCGGAAGAAAUAGCAGAGAAAGAAGUCGCUAUGGACAAGGAUAUUAUCAAACUUCUUCAGCUUGCCAUCAAGGAUAGACAUUUGCAACGAGCAAACGACCUAGUGCAUCUCUUGAACCAGAUCAACUCACUCGAUACUGCCGCCAAACUCGCGGAAUACUAUCAUCUUGUUGGAUUAGUUGACAAGAUCAAGACGUGGAAGGCAUGGAGGGAAGAGAACGAGGACCCUGUAGAUGAAAUGAACGAGCGCAGGGCAUGGGCUCGAGGAGUAGGCCCAAUACCACCAUCUGGUGACGUCCUUGGUCACCUUUUGGGUAACAGAAUGGGCGGUGCACCGCAAGAUUUUCGACCACCACCCAUCCUUCCAAAGCGUUCGUUGGCCAACGCCAUUCCAAGCUACAGUCACAACGUCUUCGCCAAAAAACCAGAUCAAAGCAAUCCUUUCGCAAGAUUAGAAAAGACACGUACGAAUUCGGGUGACCUGGACUCCAGUCAGUACAAUGCGAACGACCAGGACACUGGACGGGCUGCUUCUUCUUCGCCACCAGUCGAAAACAAGCGCAAGAGAAUAGAUGAAGACGAAGAGAUGACAUCUGCGCCAAAGAAGCAAAAGACGGGAACACAGGGGACGAGUGCUGCAUCCAAUUCCGCCGAUGCACCCAUGUCUCGCAAAUUGGCGAGCGCGGUCCCGUCUAAUGCGAAGCCAAAUCCAUUUGCGAGGACUCGCGUCUCGAACCAGUCAAUUGCCAAGAGCGGUUCGUUCUUCGAAAAGGUAGACGCAGCAGAGGCUGCUGGACCGUCGAAAUCUGGGAGCAAAGGAGAUAAGAAAGCUCCCAAGCAGACCACUCUGUUCGGCUUGCCGAAACCUGUGACGACGGAGAAGAACGUGACAAAGCCAAAGAAGGCUUCGCCGAAUGAAGCUGAUACGAGUAAUGUUCAGCCACUAGAAACAGAAGACGGUGCACCAGAGGAAACCCAAUUGGUCGAGGAACCAGAGGAGACGCAAGACGCUGGUCAUAUGGAGGACGAUGAAGAGCCUAUAGAAUGGCCUGACUCCCCGCCUCGAGAAUCGUCCUGA